GUUGAGCACCUUUCAAUCUUUGCUCUAUUUUCAGCCAGUUGCUCUUGUUGUCAAUGCUGUCUGUGCUGAAGUUGGCCAUGCUGGCGAGAAACACGCAGAUCAGCUCCUAUCUAUGGAGACUAAUGUGGAACAGCAGGAGACUGAAUUCCACUUUCCCUUCAAAGGCCUCUAUUCUCUCCAAAUUUGAGUUUCCAUCUUCCACCCAUUCAAUUCAAUCUGUUACGUUCAAUUGCGAAAGAAUUAUUGAUGAGCGAGAGAAAGUCACUUUACAUGGCUGGAUCGAUAAAAAACCUAAAAAGAUCUCUAAAAAUCUAAUUUUUGUCAUGUUUAGAGACUUUAAUGGCGAUAUCUCUCAAUUGGUUUUAAAUCUUGAUGAUAUGAAUACUACGGAUAACAAUGAAUUAUUCAGUCUUGUUAAAUCGGCUCAAAUCGAAGAGCCAGUUUCUGUGUCUGGCUAUAUUCAAAAUCGUCUAUCACCCCAAAAAACAUCCUCUAUAAAGGACACUGAUAAAGAUAAUGCUAAGGUUAAAGAUAAUCAAAGCCAUAUUGAUAAUAUAAAAAAAUGGGAUUUAAAGAUAACUGAUUUUCAAGUACUAAAUAAAUCAACCAUUUUGCCCUCUCAACUACUCAAUUUGAAAAAAUCAUCCAACAACUAUCCACCAGGAUAUCGUUACUUACAAUUAAGAUCAGAGAGAUAUCAAUAUUUCAUUAAAAAAAGAGGUCAAAUCGCUAAAAUUGUUAGAAAUUUUUUAACAAAUGAUGAGAAUCAAUUCACAGAGAUUGAAACUCCAUUUUUAUUCAAAUCAACUCCAGAGGGCGCAAAGGAAUUCUUAGUUCCAACAAGAAAUAAGAACAGAUUCUACGCUCUACCUCAAUCUCCUCAACAAUACAAACAAUUAUUAAUGGCAAGUGGCUUUCAUCGCUAUUUUCAAAUCGUUAAAUGUUUUAGAGAUGAAGAUUUAAGAGCUGAUAGACAACCAGAAUUCACUCAAAUCGAUUUGGAAAUGGGUUUUGCUAACCAUAACGAUAUUCAAUUGAUUAUCCAAAAUUUAAUUAAUGAAAUAUUCCAAAAAUCAAAUCUAGACAAUAAACUUUACAUCCCAAAUUUAGACAAUUAUUCUGAAAUGAAUGAAUUUGUUAACAAGAAUGAAAAUAAAAAUAAAAAUGAAAAUGAAAAUGAAAAUGAAAAUGAAAAUGAAAAUGAAAAAAAACUUGAUGCUUUUGCUUUUCCCAAACUAUCUUACGAAAAAGCUUUAAGUAGUUAUGGUAUUGAUAAACCAGAUUUAAGAUAUUCAUUAAAUUUUAUCAACUUGAAUCAAUUUAGUUUUGUUCAACAAACCGAGUCUUCAAAUUUUCCAAUUUUCGAAGUUUGUAUCUUGAAAAAAGAUCAACUAGAAACUAAUAAUGAAAAUGAAGAUCCCUUUACAUUAUCAAAACAAAUUUAUGUUGAUUCAAAUUAUAAAUAUAGAAAGCCCUUUAUUUUUGAAAUUAAUACGCAAUCCGAUGUAGAUAAUUUAUUGCUGAAAUUUGAGAAAACUGGUCAAGUAAAAUUUAAUGAUAAGGAAAAUUUAUCUAAAUUCUUGAAUUUAGAAAUCGGUGAUACAAUCGCUGGGUCGACGAGAGCCGAAUUUACUUAUGAAAAUCCUACUCCAUUGGGCAGAUUUCGUCAAUUAGUCAUUGAAAAUCAUCCCAAUUGUUGGAAAAGAAAACUCAUUAAUAAUAAUCAUAAAGUCAGUGAACAACCAGAUUUAAACAAAGUUUUCAUUGCAACUUGGUUGGUUGAUUUUCCAUUAUUUUCUCCAACUGAGUUGGAUGAAACUGUAUUAAUCAAUAAACAUAAAUAUCCAAGUUAUGAUUUUAACAGCUUACAAUCAACACAUCAUCCAUUUACAAUGGUCAACCUUGAUGAUUAUGAAUUAAUGAAAACUGAACCAUUAAAAGUUAAAGGUGACCAUUAUGAUAUUGUUAUUAACGGUGUCGAAGUCGGUGGUGGUUCAAGAAGAGUCCAUGAUCCAAUUUUACAAGAUUAUAUCUUUAAGAAGAUAUUAAAAAUUAAAAAUUCACAAGAACUAUUUGGUCAUUUGAUUUCAGCAUUUGAAAAUGGGUGUCCACCUCAUGCAGGUCUAGCUAUUGGAUUUGAUAGAUUAUGUGCUAUGUUACUUGGAACCAAAAGUAUUAGGGAUGUGAUUGCAUUUCCAAAAACUAUGAAUGGAACAGAUCCAGUUGUUGGAAGUCCCUCUUCAGUUCCAGAUGAUAGAUUGGAGCCAUAUUGGAUUAAAAACAUUGUUGAAAAUGAAAAAAAAAAUUAGAAAACUUGUAUUAUAUGUUUAUAUAAAAAUAUGUGUGUGUAAAUAGAAAACAAAUAGAGGUUAAUCAGUAUUCAUUAAUAAUAUAUAGUUGAAAGAUCAAUAAU